AUGCAACCGGAUGGCACCAUCUCAGAGUUUGAACCAUUGGACUAUGCGGGAACAACCAAAAUUUUCAGAGCGAUGUUGAUGACCCCAUGGAAGCGCUUUCAAGGGGACCAUCCAUUAGAGCGACUUCAGAUGACUUACACACUUCAUUCCAUGAAAGCCACGCUUUUGAGCUUUGGACCACAGUUGGGCACUUUGGUCAGUGACUCAGAUCGUCUUUUACAAGGACAUCACCAGGAUCAGAAACAAUCUUUAAAUCUGUAUGGUCGCGAUAGCGUUUGGGGUUCUCUCCGUUAUCAACAGACCGUCACAUCACAGAUUCAACAAGGAUGGAGGCCUAAAACUGCACAACAUAGAGGGGGACAGUUUCCUCUUGUGGAGCCAACGGUUGUCUUAGAGCGCUACAAAAAAGCGGCACCUGACUACCGGUUUGAAUGGCUUCCAUUUCAUCACCAUGAGGAACCCCAGGAACUUCCACCGGCUCACGAGGUGGUAUCUGAAGAAUCCGAUACGGACUCCAGCGGCAGUGACAGUGACACUGACAGCAAAGGUUCCGAACAUGCUUUGUCAGUUCAGGAGAUGAACCCCAAGAAGCAGGAACCAAUACAAGCGGAUGAAGCUGUGUUUGCUCGCCAUCGACGGGUCACCCAUGCUAUGGUGAUUAUGGAUGACGGCAACGAUUCCAGACCUUGUUUCAUGGGGCAUUUGUGGAAGGCGUCCUGUGGAAAUUGCGUCAUGACUACAAAGUCAUUAGAGGAUGCCAUGUCGGCAUGUGGCGUUGAACCAGUCAUUGCAUCACAGCUGGUGCAAAUGGGCUGGACAGUCCAAACAUUUGCGUGUGCUGCAGUGAAUUUAGAAGCGUUUGAUCGCCUGUGGCCUGAGUUUUUUCCAGAGGAAGAACCUUCACUGCUGCAGAAAGCUUCCCUGAGGGCGGCGUUCAAGAUGUGUCAAGAAAUGACACAACCUGCAUUAACCAAUAACCAGGCUGCACCUGCCUCAACGGCUUCGGAUCCUAUGGCGAAUCCUGGAACUUGGGCGGAGAGUUUUCCACCGAAGUUAGAUGCAACAGUGAUUGAUCAGAUGAAAACCAAAUUUUUGGCCAGUUACCCUUCAGAGUUGGUCAAUCAUGAUACUAUGCCAAGCACGAGACUGCUUAGCCUGGUGCACCAUCAAUUGGGCAAGAAACAAUGGGCAUGGAUCCCCUGGAAAUAUAGACUGACCAUGGCGAAAUCCGAAGAAGUCACCUCCCAGCGACAGACCAAGAUGCCAAAAUUGGAAGUGGCCUCCUUACAUCAUUUGUUGGUGGAUGAACCCCCAGCCAUUGAUAUAUCAAACACAGGAUUUGGAGUUAAUGCAGUCCGAAAUCUGUUGGCCGUUCAUGACAUGGCAGUGGCAAUGUGCGGUGGAGCCCAUUUGGCCAACCUCAAGGCCUACUCAGCAAAAUUUCUCGGCUUCCUGACCCAGAAGGUGGACCCAGAGAGCAUGUUGCGUUGUGCAUCCAUUACAGAAGCGCAGUCAGCGGAUCGCCAAAUCUGGGCUGCAAUUGCAGAUUUAAUGUCAGAGCGUGGAUGGGAUAUGGAUAAUUGCCUACAUGAGUUCACCCACAUUCGUCAUGACUUGCCAGGAACUUCAGGUUCAGCGGCCUCAAUCAGUGCCGUGGCUGUGGCAGUAGCUCCCGACAUUCCUCCUAAGGAAGGAGGCUACAGAGGGAGCCAUCAGUCCUUGGUCGGAACCCGAUCAGAAACGGGGGAAUACUUAAGUCGCCAGACUGCAUGCUACCCAGAGGCAUUGGCAACGAGAUUUGCAUCUCUGGUUACACCGUUGGUUCACCAGACAUCCCAUGAUUGGAAGUGGGAUGACAUUCAGUUUAUUCCACCUAAGAAGGAACCACUGCAACCGCCUUUUGGACAGGCGGAUGGCGGUGGCUUGCCGUCUAAUCCUGAUUGGAGCAUGGGAGAACGUUCGGCCCCUGAUGUUUUUGGCCCUUUGCGGAAACAGUGGAUGCGACGAAUCAUUGAUCAACGAUUGGAUAAAGAUCUGUUGCAAUAUUUUUCUCAGGAGGUGCAUGCGCAUCCGCCAUUUUCAGAUGCGGUCUUGGCUCCCUUCAAGCAAGAUUUGGAUAAUUUUUUGCGAGACUCGGGCUUUUCACCUGACUGGCAGGCGUGGGCACUGGAUUUCAACAUGAUAUUGCGCCAAGCAAUUGCUUUCCUAUGA